AUGGCUACCGAUAGUGAAAUCAACGAGAACAAAAGGAGAAGAUUCAAUAGCCUUCAAUCUCAAAUCCCAAUAAAUUUUUCUUCUGAUCUCGAAGAAGAAGACGACAAUGAUUUCUUGGACCUUUCACUGUCACCUAUUUGCUCUACUGCUGCUAUCAGACCACUUACAUUCUCUGUCGUAACCCACCCUCCUCUGCCGCCGCCGCAACUAUCGCCUCCGCUGGAUCUUUCAAGACUCUCCGACGAUUCAAAUCCUCUGCUAACAUUAGAACUCUCACCCCCGUCGGACAACCACGUUCCAUCGCUUUCUGGUACGACUGUGACAUUCCCAUAUUAUCUCUAUCAAGGAAAUGGUGUCUCCCUUCAGCCACCAUCCGCACCCGCAAAUACGCAAUCCCACCACCCGGUUAUUAUAAUUGGAGAAAAUCCUCCUACUUUGACAUUACCAUAUCGUUACUAUCAAGAAAAUGGCGUCUCCCCCAUAUCCCACCCGCCGCCACCAUCGUUGCCGCCAGCGCGGCUGGAUCUUUCGCCACCCUACGCCACCUCAAGUCAGCCAGUAUCAUUACAACUCUCCCCACCCCACCACGUAACUGGGGGCAACCCAUCACAACCAUAUAGUCGCUAUCAAGAAGAUAUUGGUCCAAGUGAUGGUACUGUCACACCCCGGCCUCGUCGUGUUCGGCGAAACCCAGCACAGUCGCCUCGAGAAGGGAAGAGCGCCACCAUCCCGGUGCAGUUUCCAUGGUCCACGAACUACCGUGCCACCGUUCACAGCCUAAACUACUUGCGCUCCAAGCAAAUCGACACCAUUACGGACGAAGUACAGUGCAAGAGGUGCGACGAAAAGUUCAAAAUAACUUUUAAUUUACAUCAAAAGUUCAGGGAAGUCGCCACGUUCAUAGCCGAAAACAAAGCCACCAUGCAUGACAGAGCCCCCGGAGUAUGGUUAAAUCCGACUCUUCUGCCCUGCAAAAUGUGUAAUGAAGAAAACAUUGCAAAACCAGUAAUUUCUGAAAAGAAGAAAUUCAUCAACUGGCUUUUUUUGCUCCUUGGGCAAUUGUUGGGUUGUUGCACACUGGAUCAGCUCAAAUAUUUCUGCAAACACACCAAGAAUCAUCGAACUGGCGCUAAGGAUCGUGUUCUUUAUCUUACCUAUCUUGGUUUGUGCAAACAGCUCGAUCCCACUGGCCCUUUCGACCGUUGA